CGAGGUGGGUGAGGCCAUUCAAAGAGGCACCAGACGCAGAGGAAAGACGCCAGGAGUCUUUUACAGCGAACUUCUUUGAGAUUAGAAAUCACCUGUUUCAGCACCACGGUCAGCGCUCCAAGAGGGGCCACACGCUCAUCUCCAACAACCUGAGCACAUGUUUAAGGCGAUGUUACAUAGGAGCGCCUCUCAGCUGCUGUUCCUCGUAGCCAUCUGCGGCGUCUUUUACACGCGGACUCUCAGUUUGCCGCUCGCCACUACACGAGCUACUCGACACGCAGACGGUCUGUUUACCAGCGGCUACAGCAAACUGCUGGGCCAACUGUCAGCCAGACGCUACCUGGAGUCUCUGAUUGGGAAACGUGUCAGUGAUGAACUGGUGGAAGGACAGAUGCCAGUGAAGCGUCACUCCGACGCGAUUUUCACAGAUAACUACAGUCGCUUCCGCAAGCAAAUGGCCGUGAAAAAGUACCUGAACUCUGUCUUAACAGGAAAGCGGAGCCUAGAAGAUCCUGCCAGUGAGCAGGAUGAUUCCACUGGCGGAGAAACCUCCUACCGGGAGAGAUAUGAUGAUAUAAGUGUAGAUGAGCUUCUAAAUCAUAUACCAAUGCCACUCUGAAGACCACAUGAUUAUCAGUGACUGUAAUAGACAUUCCAUAUACAGAGUAUAGUAAAGGAUAGCAGCAUUUAAUUUUGAAACAAUGUUUCUCAACAUAAAAAAUACAUAAAAUGUGGUUAGCUAUAAAGUAAACGUUUACACUGUAUAUAAUAAGUACACUUUAAAAGAUGUUGACCUGAAGGUGUGUGUGUGUGUGUGUGUAUGUAGUGAGUUUUGGCCCAGAAACAGACACAUUCCUUCUAUGUUCUCUGUAAGUAGUAGAUUAAUUAAAAAAUGCAUUGAAAUAAGUUCAUAGACUGGCAUAGUACAAUCAGAGAACAAGAAUUUGGACCCGAAGACCACAAGCAGAGCAUCAACUAGAUCCCAGCGGUAUUGUAUUAGAUUGGAGCAAUGAGCGAUUAUGUAAUAUGGACUGAUCUCAAUGAAUUUUGUAAAUCAGAAUAAUUUUAUAAGAAUCUAUUGCUGUUGCUUCUCUGUUGGUUCUCAAGAAAAGGGAAUUUAAGGGGCUGGGAGGGAUUGGGGUAUUGGAG